CGCGCGGCAGCUCUGGUUGGUGAGCGGGCGGGUGCCGGGGGCGGGCCUGCGUUUUGGCCGGCCAUUGGUAGAGGUCGCUACCUCUGGCUGUCAAUCCUGUUGCCGUCCUUGGCCCCGCCCCGCCGAAGGAGCGUCGCGGGACGCAGGGCCGCGGGGACUGCCGGGACGGGUCUAAGAUGGCCGGCCUUCUCGGCUCUCGUCGUGUCCGCUGCCCCGAUUCUCAUUCAUUGCCGCGCUGCUGAGCGGCGCCGUGAGCCUGCCCGAGGAGUCCGCCGGCUGUCUCCGUGGGGCGGGAGGCCGCCAUGGCGACCCUGGAUAAGCUGAUGAAGGCCUUCGAGUCCCUCAAGUCCUUCCAGCAGCAGCAGCCGCUGCCGCCUCAGCCGUCUCAGCCGCAGCCGCCUCAGUCGCCUCAGCCUCAGCCGCCGCCGCCUCCGCCGCCGCCCGGCCCCGCCGCCGCCGAGGAGCCGCUGCACCGACCAAAGAAAGAACUGUCGGCCACCAAGAAAGACCGUGUGAAUCAUUGUCUGACAAUAUGUGAAAACAUAGUGGCACAGUCUCUCAGAAAUUCUCCAGAAUUUCAGAAACUUCUGGGCAUUGCUAUGGAACUUUUUCUGUUGUGCAGUGAUGACUCAGAGUCAGAUGUCAGGAUGGUGGCUGAUGAAUGCCUCAACAAAGUUAUAAAGGCGUUGAUGGAUUCUCAUCUUCCGAGGUUGCAGUUAGAACUCUAUAAGGAAAUUAAGAAGAAUGGGACUCCUCGGAGCCUGCGCGCUGCCCUGUGGAGGUUUGCUGAGCUGGCUCAUCUGGUUCGGCCUCAGAAAUGCAGGCCUUACUUGGUGAACCUCCUGCCUUGCCUGACUCGGGUAAGCAAGAGACCUGAGGAAUCUGUUCAAGAGACCUUGGCUACAGCUAUACCCAAAAUUAUGGCUUCUUUUGGCAACUUUGCAAAUGACAAUGAAAUUAAGGUUCUCUUAAAGGCCUUCAUAGCGAGUCUGAAGUCAAGCUCCCCUACCAUCCGGCGGACAGCAGCUGGCUCAGCAGUGAGCAUCUGCCAGCAUUCGAGAAGGACGCAAUAUUUUUACAGCUGGCUGCUAAACGUGCUCUUAGGUUUGUUGGCUCCUGCCGAGGAUGAGCACCCUGCCCUCCUGACCCUCGGAGUGCUGCUCACACUGAGAUACUUGGUGCCUUUGCUGCAGCAGCAGGCCAAGGACACGGGCCUGAAAGGCAGCUUUGGGGUGACGUGGAAAGAAACAGAGGUCUCUCCCUCGACAGAGCAGCUUGUUCAGGUUUACGAGCUGACCUUGCACUAUGCUCAACACCCAGACCACAAUGUUGUGACUGGAGCAUUAGAACUCUUGCAGCAGCUCUUCAGGACGCCUCCACCAGGGCUCCUGCAAGCCCUGACCACGCCGGGCGGUAUCGGGCAGCUUGCUGCGACCCAAGAUGAGCCCAGCUGCCGAGGGCGAAGCGGGAGUAUUGUGGAGCUCAUAGCUGGAGGGGGUUCUUCAUGCAGCCCUGUUCUUUCAAGAAAACAUAAAGGGAAGGUGCUCUUUGGAGAAGCAGCAGCCUUGGAGGAUGACUCUGAGUCAAGGUCGGAGGGCAGCAGCCCGGCGUUUGCAGCCUCAGUGAAGGGGGAGGUCAGCGGUGAGCUGGCGGCCUCUUCCGGGGUCUCCACUCCUGGCUCUGCCAGCUCAGCUACCGACUCUGUGGGUCAUGACAUCAUCACGGAGCAGCCACGGUCACAGCACACACUGCAGCCAGACUCGGUGGAUCUGACCGGCUGUAACUUGGCGAGCACUGCCACCGAGGGGGAUGAGGAGGACAUCUUGAGCCACAGCUCCAGCCAGAUCAGUGCUGUCCCAUCCGACCCCGCCGUGGACCUGAAUGACGGAACCCAGGCCUCCUCACCCAUCAGUGACAGCUCCCAGACGACCACCGAAGGGCCUGACUCAGCCGUGACCCCUUCAGACAGCUCUGAAAUUGUGUUGGACGGCACCGACAGCCAGUAUUCAGAGGUGCAGACUGGACAGCCACAGGACGAGGAUGAGGAAGUACCUGAUGAAGCCUCAGAUGCUUUCAGGAACUCUUCAGUCGCCCUUCAACAAGCACAUUUAUUGAAAAGCAUGGGCCACAACAGGCAGCCCUCUGACAGUAGUAUAGAUAAAUUUGUCUCAAGAGAUGAAGCUGCUGAACUAGGAGAUCCAGAAAACAAGCCUUGCCGGAUCAGAGGUGACAUAGGGCAGUCUACCGAUGAUGAUUCCGCUCCUCUUGUCCAUUGUGUCCGCCUUUUAUCUGCUUCAUUUUUGCUCACAGGGGAAAAAAAUGUGCUGGUUUCAGACAGGGAUGUGAGGGUCAGUGUGAAGGCUCUGGCGCUCAGCUGUGUUGGAGCCGCUGUGGCCUUACAUCCUGAAUCUUUCUUCAGCAAGCUUUAUAAAGUACCUCCUGACACCACGGAAUACCCUGAGGAGCAGUACGUCUCAGACAUCUUGAACUACAUUGAUCACGGAGACCCGCAGGUCAGAGGAGCCACAGCCAUCCUCUGUGGGACCCUCAUCUACUCCAUCCUCAGCAGAUCUCGCUUCCAAGUGGGAGACUGGAUGUGCACCAUGAGAGAUCUGACGGGAAACACAUUUUCUCUGGCAGACUGCAUUCCUCUGCUGCAGAAAACUUUGAAGGAUGAAUCUUCGGUUACUUGCAAGUUGGCUUGUACAGCUGUGAGGCACUGUGUCAUGAGUCUCUGCAGCAGUAGCUACAGUGAGCUGGGACUGCAGCUGAUCACCGAGGUGCUGCCCCUGAGGAGCAGUUCCUAUUGGCUGGUGAGGACAGAGCUCUUGGAAACCCUUGCAGAGAUUGACUUUAGGUUGGUGAGCUUCUUGGAGGCAAGAGGAGAGAACCUGCACAGAAGGGCCCAUCACUAUACAGGGCUUUUAAACCUGCAAGAACGAGUGCUUAAUAAUGUGGUCAUCUCUUUGCUUGGGGACGAAGACCCCAGGGUACGACAUGUUGCUGCAGCUUCAUUAACGAGGCUUGUCCCAAAGCUGUUUUAUAAAUGUGACCAAGGACAAGCGGAUCCGGUAGUGGCCAUGGCAAGAGAUCAAAGCAGCGUUUACCUGAAACUCCUCAUGCAUGAGACGCAGCCUCCAUCUCACUUUUCUGUUAGCACGAUAACCAGAAUAUAUAGGGGCUAUAACUUACUACCAAGCAUAACAGAUGUCACCAUGGAAAAUAACCUUUCGAGAGUUAUUGCCGCAGUUUCUCAUGCGUUAAUCACGUCAACCACGCGACCACUUACGUUCGGGUGCUGUGAAGCUUUGUGUCUUCUUUCAGCCGCCUUCCCAGUGUGCAUAUGGAGUUUAGGCUGGCAUUGUGGAGUGCCCCCACUGAGUGCUGCAGACGAGUCCAGGAAGAGCUGCACUGUGGGGAUGGCCACGAUGGUUCUCACCCUGCUCUCCUCAGCUUGGUUCCCACUGGACCUCUCAGCCCAUCAGGAUGCUUUGAUUUUAGCUGGCAACUUGCUUGCAGCCAGUGCCCCCAAGUCUCUGAGAAGUUCAUGGACCUCUGAAGAAGAGGCCAACCCUGCUGCCACCAAACAGGAAGAGGCCUGGCCAGCCCUGGGUGACCGGACCCUUGUGCCCAUGGUGGAGCAGCUCUUCUCCCACCUGCUGAAGGUGAUCAAUAUCUGUGCUCAUGUCUUAGAUGACGUGGCUCCUGGACCAGCAAUGAAGGCGGCACUGCCGUCUCUGACAAACCCCCCUUCUCUAAGUCCAAUCCGACGAAAGGGGAAGGAAAAAGACCCGGGAGAGCAGGCGUCUAUACCACCAAGUCCCAAGAGAGGCAGCGAAGCCAGUCCAGCCUCUCGACAAUCUGAAACCUCAGGGCCUGUCACAGCAAAUAAAUCCUCGUCGCUGGGGAGUUUCUAUCAUCUUCCUUCAUACCUCAAAUUGCAUGAUGUCCUGAAAGCUACUCAUGCCAACUACAAGGUACCGCUUCUUUUACUGGAGCAGCGCUUGGUGGAGGGCCAGUUAUCCCUGCCCCCGAGGCAGGACAUCUUCAGGCGCUCUGCCCGCUGCCCUGUUGGUUGUGGUUUUCCCCAGUGCGGCUGGGGGAACAGUGAAGGAAGCCUUCUUGAGUUCCCUGUUGCGUUCACUGGUUCACACAGUCUGAAAAGAAGCCCUCUGUGUUCUGCAUCGGGUCCACAGCAGUGUCAGGUCCUCAGGGAGUCACAUACCUCAGCGUCUUCCUGCUUCUCCCCACAGUGUGUGGAAGAGAUCCUCGGGUACCUGAAGGCCUGCUUCAGUAGAGAACCCACAAUGGCCACUGUGUGUGUUCAGCAGUUGUUGAAGACACUCUUUGGGACAAAUUUGGCCUCCCAGUUCGAUGGCUUAUCUUCUAACCCUGGCAAGUCUCAAGGCCGAGCACAGCGCCUCGGCUCGUCCAGCGUGAGACCAGGCUUGUACCACUACUGCUUCAUGGCUCCGUAUACCCACUUCACACAGGCCCUAGCCGAUGCCAGCCUGAGGAACAUGGUGCAGGCGGAGCAGGACCACGACACCUCAGGGUGGUUCGACGUACUCCAGAAGGUGUCCACGCAGCUGAAGACAAACCUCACGAGCGUCACUAAGAACCGUGCAGAUAAAAAUGCUAUUCACAACCACAUCCGUUUAUUUGAGCCCCUCGUUAUAAAAGCUUUAAAGCAGUACACGACAACCACCUCCGUGCAGCUGCAGAAACAGGUGUUAGAUUUGCUGGCCCAGCUGGUCCAGUUACGGGUUAAUUACUGUCUCCUGGAUUCAGACCAGGUGUUUAUUGGAUUUGUGCUGAAGCAGUUUGAAUAUAUUGAAGUAGGCCAAUUCAGGGAAUCAGAGGCAAUUAUACCAAACAUCUUUUUCUUCCUGGUAUUGCUGUCUUACGAACGCUAUCAUUCAAAACAGAUCAUCGGGAUUCCUAAAAUCAUUCAGCUCUGUGACGGCAUCAUGGCCAGUGGGAGGAAGGCUGUGACACAUGCCAUACCAGCUCUGCAGCCCAUUGUCCACGACCUCUUUGUCUUAAGAGGAGCCAACAAAGCUGAUGCGGGAAAAGAGCUUGAAACCCAGAAAGAGGUGGUAGUGUCCAUGUUGCUGAGACUCAUCCAGUACCAUCAGGUGCUGGAGAUGUUCAUCCUGGUGCUGCAGCAGUGCCACAGGGAGAAUGAGGACAAGUGGAAACGGCUGUCUCGGCAAGUAGCCGACAUCAUCCUCCCAAUGUUAGCCAAACAGCAGUUUACCUUUGGUUUGUUUCUAGGAAUGUUCCGGAGAAUCACAGCUGCUGCCUCCAGACUCUUCACUGCCGACGGCAACGGUGGCAGUUUCUAUGGCCUGCAGAGCUUGAACGCGCACGUGCGCUCCAUGAUCCCCACGCACCCAGCCCUCGUGCUGCUCUGGUGCCAGAUCCUGCUGCUUGUCAGCCACACCGACUACCACUGGUGGGCGGAGGUGCAGCAGACCCCCAGAAGACGCAGUCUGUCCAGCACGAAGUCACUCAGCCCCCAGAUGUCUGGAGAGGAGGAGGACUCCGAUCUGGCACCCAAACUUGGGAUGUGCACUCGAGAGAUAGUGCGAAGAGGCGCCCUCAUUCUCUUCUGUGAUUAUGUCUGUCAGAACCUGCACGACUCAGAGCACUUAACAUGGCUCAUUGUGAACCACAUUCAAGAUCUCAUCAGUCUGUCCCAUGAGCCUCCCGUGCAGGAUUUUAUUAGUGCCGUUCAUCGGAAUUCUGCUGCCAGUGGCCUUUUCAUCCAGGCAAUUCAGUCCCGUUGUGAAAAUCUUUCAGCUCCCACCACUCUGAAGAAAACUCUUCAGUGCUUGGAAGGGAUCCAUCUCAGCCAGUCGGGCGCUGUGUUAACGCUGUAUGUGGACAAGCUCUUGUGUACUCCACUCCGUGUACUGGCUCGCAUGGUUGACACCCUUGCUUGUCGCCGAGUAGAAAUGCUUUUGGCUGCAAAUUUACAGAGCAGCACGGCCCAGCUGCCGGUUGAGGAAGUGCACAGAAUCCAGGAGUACCUGCAGAGCAGCGGGUUAGCUCACAGGCACCAGAGGCUCUACUCCCUGCUGGACAGGCUUCGUCUCACCACUGCACCAGGGUCACGCGGCCCCUCUCCUCCGGUCACGUCCCACCCACUGGAUGGGGAUGGGCCCUUGGCACUAGAGACAGUGAGUCCAGACAAAGACUGGUACAUAUGUCUAGUCAAAUCCCAGUGCUGGACUAGGUCGGAUUCUGCGCUGCUGGAAGGAGCAGAGCUGGUGAAUCGGAUCCCCCCUGGUGACAUGAGUGCAUUCAUGAUGAACGCGAACUUCAACUUAAGCCUGUUAGCCCCGUGCUUGGGCCUGGGCAUGCGUGACAUCUCUGGAGGCCAGAAGAGUCCUCUUUUUGAAGCUGCUCGUGUGGCAACUCUGGACCGUGUGACCAGCAUGGUUCAGCAGCUCCCUGCCGCCCACCAUGUUUUCCAGCCAUUCCUGCCUGCAGAGCCCACUGCCUAUUGGAGCAAGUUGAACGAACUGUUUGGAGAUGCUGUGUGGUAUCGUUCCCUGACCACUCUGGCCCGGGCCCUGGCCCAGUACCUGCUGGUGGUCUCCAAACUCCCUGGUCACUUGCACCUUCCUCCUGAGAAGGAGAGGGACUCGGUGAAAUUUGUGGUCAUGACCCUUGAGGCCUUGUCCUGGCAUUUGGCCCAUGAGCAGACCCCACUGAGUCUGGACCUGCAGGCGGGCCUGGACUGCUGCUGCCUGGCUCUGCAGCUGCCCGGCCUCCGGAGCGCGCUCUCCUCCCCGGAGAUGAUGACCCGCGCCUGCUCCCUCAUUCACUGCAUCCGGUUCAUCCUAGAAGCCAUUGUGGUACAGCCUGGGGACCAGCUUCUUGGCCCAGGAAGAAAGAUGGACACCCCAAAGGCUGCCGGAGGGGAAGAAGUGGAUUCAGACACACAAAACCCUCAGUACAUUGCUGCAGCCUGUGGGAUGGUGGCAGAGAUGGUGGAGUCCCUGCCAUCUGCGCUGGCCUUGGGCCACAGAAGGAACAGCAGCACACCAGCCUUCCUGACGCCUGUACUCAGGAACAUUGUCAUCAGCCUGGCCCGCCUGCCCCUCGCCAACAGCUAUACCCGGGUCCCCCCGCUGGUAUGGAGACUUGGGUGGUCACCAAGACCAGGAGGGGAUUUUGGCACAGUUUUUCCAGAGAUCCCUGUGGAGUUCCUCCAGGAAAAGGAAGUCUUCAAAGAGUUCAUCUACCGCAUCAACACGCUAGGGUGGACCAGCCGUACCCAGUUUGAGGAAACAUGGGCCACCCUCCUCGGUGUCCUGGUGACUCAGCCCCUCGUGAUGGAGCAGGAGGAGAGCCCACCGGAAGAAGACACGGAGAGGACCCAGAUCAAUGUCCUGGCCGUGCAGGCCAUCACCUCCUUGGUGCUGAGUGCGAUGACCGUGCCUGUGGCUGGCAACCCAGCCAUGAGCUGCUUGGAGCAGCAGCCCCGGAACAAGCCCCUGAAAGCUCUCGACACCAGGUUUGGGAGGAAGUUGAGCAUUAUCAGAGGAAUUGUAGAGCAGGAAAUUCAAGCAAUGGUUUCAAAGAGAGAGAAUAUCGCCACCCAUCAUUUAUACCAAGAGUGGGACCCCGUCCCUUCUCUUUCUCCAGCUACUACAGGUACCCUCAUCAGCCACGACAAGCUUCUGCUGCAGAUUAACCCCGAGCGGGAGCUGGGCAACAUGAGCUACAAGCUCGGCCAGGUGUCCAUUCACUCUGUGUGGCUGGGGAACAGCAUCACCCCCCUGAGAGAGGAGGAGUGGGACGAGGAGGAGGAGGAGGAGGCUGAUGUCCCCGCACCUUCAUCACCACCCAUAUCUCCUGUCAACUCCAGGAAACACCGGGCUGGGGUUGAUAUCCACUCCUGUUCGCAGUUUUUGCUUGAACUGUACAGUCGCUGGAUCCUGCCGUCCAGUUCAGCCCGACGGACCCCCGUCAUCCUGAUCAGUGAAGUGGUUCGAUCACUUCUCGUGGUCUCAGACUUGUUCACUGAGCGCAGCCAAUUUGAGAUGAUGUACCUGACGCUCACAGAGCUGCGGAGGGUGCACCCUGCAGAAGAUGAGAUCCUCGCUCAGUACCUGGUGCCGGCCACCUGCAAGGCGGCUGCUGUCCUUGGAAUGGACAAGGUGGUGGCGGAACCGGUCAGCCGGCUGCUGGAGAGCUCGCUGAGGAGCAGCCACCUGCCCAGCAGGGUCGGAGCUCUGCAUGGCAUUCUGUAUGUGCUGGAGUGCGACCUCUUGGAUGACACGGCAAAGCAGCUGAUCCCAGUCGUCAGCGACUAUCUCCUCUCCAACCUCAAAGGGAUGGCCCACUGCGUGAAUGUUCAUAGCCAGCAGCAUGUCCUGGUGAUGUGUGCCACCGCCUUCUACCUGAUCGAGAACUACCCUCUGGAUGUAGGGACAGAAUUCUCGGCAUCAAUAGUGCAAAUGUGUGGGGUGAUGCUGUCCGGCAGUGAGGAGUCCACCCCGUCCAUCAUUUACCACUGUGUCCUGAGAGGCCUGGAGCGCCUCCUGCUCUCUGAGCAGCUCUCCCGGCUGGACGCAGAGUCUCUGGUCAAGCUGAGCGUGGACAGAGUGAACGUGCACAGCCCACAUCGGUCCAUGGCGGCCCUGGGCCUGAUGCUCACCUGCAUGUACACAGGAAAGGAGAAGGUCAGUCCGGGCAGGACCUCGGACCCCAGCCCUGCCACCCCCGACAGCGAGUCAGUAAUCGUGGCUAUGGAGCGCGUGUCUGUUCUUUUCGACAGGGUCAGGAAGGGGUUUCCCUGUGAAGCCAGAGUGGUGGCACGGAUCCUCCCUCAGUUUUUAGAUGACUUCUUCCCACCCCAGGACGUCAUGAACAAAGUCAUUGGAGAGUUUCUGUCCAACCAGCAGCCAUACCCACAGUUCAUGGCCACCGUAGUUUACAAGGUGUUCCAGACUUUGCACAGCACUGGGCAGUCAUCCAUGGUCCGGGACUGGGUCAUGCUGUCCCUCUCCAACUUCACACAGAGGACCCCGGUUGCCAUGGCCACAUGGAGUCUUUCCUGUUUCUUCGUCAGCGCUUCCACCAGCCCAUGGGUUUCGGCGACCCUUCCCCACGUCAUCAGCAGGAUGGGCAAACUGGAGCAAGUGGACUCUAACCUCUUCUGCCUGGUGGCCACGGACUUUUACAGACACCAGAUAGAGGAGGAGCUUGAUCGCCGGGCCUUCCAGUCUGUGUUCGAGGUGGUUGCAGUACCGGGAAACCCCUAUCACCGAUUGCUGGCUUGUUUGCAGAACGUCCACAAGGUUGCCACGUGCUGAGUGCCCACCCUGGGUUCCAGCACUGGUGCCUGGGGUCCCUGUCUGUGCCAGGUGGCUCCGGCAGUGUGGCCGAGGGAGCAGUGUCAUCUCUGCCACAUGGCUGUGCAGGAAUGUGUGCGGCGACACGGGAGGUAGAGCCCGGGUCCACCAAGAGCAGAGCAGCUGCGCCACUUACCCUUUAUGCUAGAGCUAGUGUUAAAUGCCAGUUAAGCAGGCAUUCACCCUCCUCCUGGCCAGCCUGCUCAUUGCCACCAGGGUAUGGCUGCUCCGGCUCCUGGGAUAGCAGUCCGUGCACUUACAGGUUGGCCAUUAGCCCCCUCUCCUGUCCUGGUGGCAUAAGGUGGCAGCAUUAGGCUUUGGAGAACAUUUUCCCAGGUCUCCCUGGUGAGGUGUGGGGGGAUCGUGAUCCCACUCCUCGCAGGGGGUGCUUGGUGUGUGCCGGCAGGGUCCGUGCCCGGCGGGUGGUGUGAGCACGACACCAGCGCCAUAUUUGUCUUUCUGUUUUCUUCUCAGGAUUUAAAUUUUAAUUGUAUCAGUAAAGAGAUUAAUUUUGCGGUAACUUCUGA